AUGGCUGCCAUCGCCAACAACAACAAGGACCACGACUACAACUACGAACACGAUCACAUGACUACUCCCGGCCGUCAACGCAUCUCUCCUCUUCGCCUGGCCCUCAAAAACUUCACCUCCCAAUUCUUCCUCAUCCCCCAGGGAACCGGAAUCCUCUCCGUCGUCCUCCACCAACUGCACUACCAAUUCCCCGGCCUGACCAUCAUCUCCCGCAUCUGCGGCAUCCUCACCGCCGUCUGCCUCUUCGCCUUCCUGGCCCUCUACCUCCUCCGAUGCUGCCUCUUCCCGGCCCACGUCUGGACGCAGCUGCGCACCGCCAUCAUGGAAACGGCCUGCCUCUCCUCCAUCGUCAUCUCCUAUACGACCCUGAUCCAGAACAUCGCGCUGAACCUGCACUGGGCCGAAGGCGUCGUCGUGGGCCUAUGGUGGGCCAACGUGGCGCUGGCGGCGCUCGCGUGCGUGGGGACGCCCUACGUCUUCACCAAAGUCCACAGCCCGGGCAUCGACUGGGUGCCGCCGGGGAUCCUUUUGCCGCUGAUCGCGGCGCUGACGGCGGCGGCGGGCGGCGGCGUCGUGGCGAGCUAUGUGGCGGGUGCGAAGCGGGAAGAUGUCGUUGCGGUUUCCUUUCUGCUGAUCGGGUUGGGGUUGCCGUUGAGUGUGGUGGUGGAUGCGGUGUUUCUGGCGCGCUUGAUGGAUCGGCAUUUCCCCGUGCAUGAGGAGGUGUUCAAGUUGAUGAUUCUCUGCGGGCCGCUGGGGCAGGGGGGCUUUGCGAUGAUGAUUCUCGGGGUGGUGAUUGAGAAGGCGCCGCGGCAAGUGGGUGGGGGGUCGUUUUUAAAUGACGACACGGUGGGGAAGAGUAGUCAGUUUUUGGGCAUGAUUACUUGGGUGAGUUACCUACCUUACCUACUGGUUACAGAUGAUGAUGAUGAUGAUGACAAGAGGGACAUGUUUGCUGAUGAUGAUGGUGGAUACUACCUACAGGGCUACGGGACUUUCUGGUGGGCAUUUGCUUGCAUAGCCAUUGGACAUGCUCUCGUCACGACGCCCAAAGAGAUUUUCCACUGGACUAAGAUUCUGGCCGCUUGGAGUCUGGUCUUUCCCUGGGGAGUGUAUACCAACGCCGCGGUGGAGCUGGGCAUGAUUCUGGAUUCCGUCGCGUUUAAUGUCUGGUCUACUGUCCUGACGGUCUUGCUCGUCUUGCUCUGGUUAGUCAACGCGGCGGCUACGAUUGCGGGUCUCCUCAAUGGAAAGUUGCUUGGGUUGGAGAAGGGUUGGAGGGGAGUGUAUCUGGACGAGGUCAAGGAGGACGAGGAGAAACAAGAAAAUCUUCAGAAUGGCGAGGACGGCGAAGACGCGGUUGCAAACAGCAGGUUCCAAGGACUUAAUGCGGGUCUGAGGCGCAGAGAAGGAUCGUAA